AUGACCGCCGCCCCGUCAAGCUCGACGUCUCGCAGUCGCUCGUCGUCGCGUCAAGGUCGCCCUCGAGCGCUGAGCCCGGUCAACUCGUACCCGGACUUCUCUCUCCCGGGCGACAUCUCGGCCGCAUCGUCAAGUGCGGCCGACAGCGUCUCGAGCUGGGCCCUCUCGAGCAGCUCUCGAAGCUCCUCCCCGGCGAGCGACCUCGACACCGACCUCGACUCGCCGCCGUCCCGCAAACCCUCGCUCGUCCCGCUCGGGGCGCAGGUCGCCCAGGUCGUCACGGCGCCCGAGUCGGACGCCAUCGCGGCGAUUCGGGCUCGACGGGCGUCUUUGUCGACGGGCGAGCCUGCCCAACCGUCCUUCUACCUCCCGGCCCUCCUCUCGCGCCUGCCACUUCCGGCCCUCGACCCGUCGUCCGCUCGGGUCGAACCCGGUCCCAGUCCCGCCCUCUUCGACUCGACCCGGGCCCUGUCACCGUCGUCGGACUACCCGCCUGGGUCAUCCGCCGACGCGACCGGCGCCUCAACCGUCUACACCGCCUCGCACCUCCCGACCCUCGACCUCGUCUCGCACGCCUUGCAUCACGCCCUGCAUGCCUUCCGGCCCAUCACACGCCGCUAUGCGACCUCGCCGUACGCCACGUCGUUCAACUGGGCCGACUUGCGCCUCGAGGACGACGCGACCGGUCGCGUCAAGCGCGAGGCGCGCGAGUGGUACAUCGUCGCCUUCCGGUCGAGGAGGAACGACGGCCUGCCCGAGGACAGAGCGAGGAGGCUGUACGAGGCGGACCGAGCGGCUCACGAGGAGGCUGUGACGCGCGGCGGCUUGAUCCUGUACUGGUACGGCAACCCGGUUCCCGCGCCGUCCGCCUCGACCGCCUCGCACGGCUUCGACCCGGACGACGUCGGGCGCAACCUCGCGACGUGCGUCUGGCAGAGCCGAGCAGACGCGAUCGCGGCCAUGCGGGGCGAGCACCACAAGGAGGCGGCGAGGCUGGCGAGUACGACCUACGAGUACUACACGCUCGAGCGCUACGUCCUUCGGAAGGAGCCGGGCGAGCUCUCUGUCCGGAUUCGCCCUUGGCACGGGCGCGAGGUCGAGGGAGCGGUCGAGGCGGCGUGA